UCCCGACGCGCUCUCCGCGCUCGCUGCGGCCGCCGCCGCGGCACCAUGAGCGACAUCCGCCACUCGCUGCUGCGCCGCGAUGCGCUGAGCGCCGCCAAGGAGGUGCUGUACCACCUGGACAUCUACUUCAGCAGCCAGCUGCAGAGCGCGCCGCUGCCCAUCGUGGACAAGGGCCCCGUGGAGCUGCUCGAGGAGUUCGUGUUCCAGGUGCCCAAGGAGCGCGGCGCGCAGCCCAAGAGAUUGAAUUCACUGCAGGAGCUUCAGCUUCUUGAAAUCAUGUGCAAUUAUUUCCAGGAGCAAACCAAGGACUCUGUCCGGCAGAUUAUUUUCUCAUCCCUUUUCAGCCCUCAAGGGAACAAAGCUGAUGACAGCCGGAUGAGCUUGCUGGGAAAACUAGUCUCCAUGGCGGUAGCUGUGUGUCGCAUCCCAGUGUUGGAGUGUGCAGCCUCCUGGCUCCAGCGGACACCCGUGGUCUACUGUGUGAGGUUAGCCAGGGCCCUCGUGGACGACUACUGCUGCUUGGUGCCAGGAUCCGUUCAGACGCUGAAGCAGAUAAUCAGUGCCAGUCCUCGCUUCUGCUGCCAGUUCAUAACUUCUGUCACUGCGCUUUAUGACCUGUCCUCAGAUGAUCUCAUUCCACCCUUGGACUUGCUCGAAAUGAUUGUCAACUGGGUUUUUGAGGACCCUAGGUUGAUUCUUAUCACUUUUUUAAAUACUCCAAUAGCAGCCAACCUCCCGAUAGGAUUUUUAGAGCUCACCCCACUUACUGGAUUGAUCCGCUGGUGUGUGAAGGCCCCUCUGGCUUAUAAAAGGAAGAAGAAGCCCUCCUUAUCCAAUGGCCACGUCACUACCAAAGUUCCAAAGGACUCGGGAGGGAUGGACAGAGACUUCCACCUCUUGUACUCGAAGCUCCACCUCAGCGUCCUGCAGGUGCUCAUGAUGCUCCAGGUGCACUUGACUGAGAAGAAUCUCUACGGGCGCCUGGGACUGAUCCUGUUUGACCACAUGGUCCCAAUGGUUGAAGAGAUCAAUAGACUGGCAGAUGAACUGAACCCCCUCAAUGCCUCCCAGGAAAUUGAGCUCUCUCUGGACCGGCUCGCACAGGCUUUACAGGUGGCCAUGGCCUCCGGAGCCCUGCUGUGCACACGAGAUGACCUGAGGACCUUGUGCUCACGGCUGCCCCACAACAACCUGCUCCAGCUGGUGAUCUCGGGCCCAGUACAGCAGUCGCCACACGCCGCGCUCCCUCCUGGGUUCUACCCUCACAUCCACACGCCCCCGCUGGGCUACGGGGCUGUGCCAGCACACCCUGCUGCUCACCCUGCCCUGCCCACGCACCCCGGGCACACCUUCAUCUCAGGCAUGACGUUUCCAUUCAGGCCCAUCCGCUAGGCUGGGCCCGUGCUGCCGUGUGGCAGUGUGCCUUCUGUGCCUGGUAUGGAGGAACCGUCCAGAGAAAGGGUGACCGACCCCAUAGAAGAGGACCCUUGGGAGUGGCCAGGUGUCCCCUCUUCACCUGCAGAACUAUCCUGGAGGGGAUAUCCAGGUGCCUCCUGCCGGGUCCCGUCUGUGAAAGUCCAGAUCAGACUGAAGAAGGGAGAAUGCCCAACCUCCUGCAGAGCAACGAGGGCGUCUUCAGAAGACACCAGUGCCGAGCGCCUCCUUUCAGACAACACGUCUGGGCCUGUGCUGUAUGGGAGCGGACGUGCGAAACAGCCUUUGCAGAUCCAGCGUCUGGCUUCUCUCCUUGGGAAGGUGCCGCACGCACAGGCUGCGGCGGCAGGUCCGCGAGCUCCCAGCAGAAACGGGCGCCGCACGGCCGCGAGGCACUUGGCUCUGUGCAAGGGAGCUGGGGGCUGCCCCCACCAGGGAACGGAACUUCUGUUUCAUUGGGGUCUCUAAAUUUCCUUUUCAUAUGUUCAAAUAAAUAUUUC